GAAAAGUACGAAAGAACUAUACAUUCACUGCAAUGAAUGUGGUAAUGUGAUCGGUAUAUUACAUACAUAGAUACAUACAUAGUACUUCAAUAUCGUCCUACAAGCUUCUGCAAGUUACGUUCAAGUUAAAAGUUACAAUAUGCCGAAGAAAAAGACAGGUCAAAGAAGGAAAGCGGAGAAACAAAAACUGAGACAAAAAGAAAUUCGAACUGCAAAAGAUCAAGUUGAUCUAGCUAAAUUUCCUUGCAAUGCAGUAAUGGAAUGUGAUAAGUGCAACAAAAAACAGAAAAGCAGGGCAUUUUGCUAUUUUUGUCAAAGCCUACAACGGUUACCUUUGUGCGCGCAUUGUGGAAAGAUGAAAUGUAUGUUAAAAACUGGAGAUUGUAUCGUUCGUCAUCCUGGAAUAUUUACUACUGGAUUAGGUAUGGUGGGUGCAAUAUGCGAUCAUUGCGAAGCAUGGGUCUGUCAUGGAAGGCGCUGUCUUACAACUCAUGCAUGUAUAUGCCCAUUGGCGGAAGCAAUUUGUCAAGAAUGUGAAAGAGGCGUAUGGGAUCAUGGUGGCAGAAUAUUUCGCUGCUCAUUUUGCAACUGCUUCCUUUGCGAAGAUGACCAAUUUGAACAUCAAGCAUCGUGUCAAGUUUUGGAAGCAGAAAGUUUUAAAUGUCAAUCGUGCAAUCGUUUGGGCCAAUACUCCUGUUUGAGAUGUAAAACAUGUUAUUGUGAAGAUCAUGUCCGAAGGAAAGGUUUCAAGUAUGAAAAAAAUAAGCCAAUACCUUGUCCAAAAUGUAGUUUCGAAACAUCUCAGACGAAAGACCUCAGCAUGUCAACACGAAGUCAUAAAUUUGGUAGACAAAAUCAAAGUGGAUUCGAAUCUGACGAAGAAAGUGAUUAUAAUUAUUACGGAAAUCAAUCUCAAGGUUAUAGUUCUGAGAAUUAUACUCUCGAUGAUGAAGAUGAUGAUGAAGAUGAUGGUGAUGAUGAUGAAGAUGAUGAUGAUGAUGACGACGAUGGUGAUGAUGAUGAAGAGGCAGAAGAGGAGGAACAAAAUGAAUCAUUAAGUGAAACUGAAGAAAAUGACAACAAAAAGUUACCACGGACUUAACAUUUUAAUAGAAAUGCUUAGCAAGAAUUUAAAAAAUAUCACUAAUGUAAAAUUGAAUAUGUUAAAUUGUUGCCUUUAUAAAAAUUAUAAUAUAUUUUGUGGUGGCUACUGUCUAUGCUCGCCAGUAGAAGGAUAAUUUUUAGAGGGAAA